UGAAAAUGCUUUAAUUCCCAUGGGUCAUGACUGUGUGUCCAGUGCUGCUUUGGCUUUGACUUGUUAGAACGAGCAGUGUGUGGUAUUUUUAAUGAAAGACAUCUCUGAAUUUCACUACUCAGGUUUGUUUCUACCUCAUAAAACCCUCUGACCUGUGUGGGUUUAAGUGCACGAGAGUGCAUGAGCACAGUGGUAUGUCUUCCAGGCUGCUCACCAGGCUUUAUUGACCUUUCACAGCUAAGCAGGCAUCUGUUGCUAAUUGUUUACCCACAUCCUGUUUCAUCACUGCUUGAUUGAUUGAAAAUGUUUUAAAAUGUCAUGUUUUUGUCUUUAAAUUGGAUCUUAGUGCAGAUAAACACGUUUUGUUCUUUUUAUUGUUGCUGUCAGCGGCCUGGUUGGGCAAACACAUGGGGACACAAUAAUUGGAAAGUGGGAAGUAGUAUUAUUUCAUUAGAGAGAAGAAUAACUGGAGAGACUGAGUCUUCCUCUCUUAAUUAACUUUACAAACACAAGUAAACAGUUGUUUGAGCCAAUUGAUCCGUGACGUCAACCAACUACAGCCAAUCACCGCGCAUACACAGGCACCUUUUUUGUUAAUCCGCUUUGGCGAGAGGAGCUGUCCGUUCAGCACCACACAACGCGCGCCCUCCGUGCCAGAAAUAGGCUCGUUAGUCUCUGCGCCAUUUGCGGGGCUUACGGUGACAGACUCACACUUGAUCGGAUUUUCUUAUCUUUGUUGGUUGGCCAUCAUGGCGCUGCUCUGAGGAAAUCAGCUUGGCCCAUUUAAGACCCGCCAGGAGACACUUUUACGCGUCGAACUGAGGAGUUGGUCAGAGAGAGUUGGGUUCAAUCUUUCCCUCGACUGGGCCUCUUGAACAUCAGCGGUAUGCUUUUACUCCUGUGCGGAUUUGUGUGCGUUUGCGCGCUCGGAUGUAGCCAAUUAAUUAACGGGCAGCCGGAUGACGGAAAGCGCUACAUCUGUCGGGCAAUACCCAUGAGCAGCGAUGCCAGCUGCCCCGUGACUUUAUUACCAGACUUAAACGUAGGGAGUCAGGAAGAGGAGCUCAGGAACACCAUUAUGCAGCUACGGGAGACGAUUGUGCAGCAGAAGGAAACGAUUUCUAAGCAGCUGGGCACCAUCAACGAGCUGAUCACCAAGCUGUCCCUGUGCGCGUCAGCCACAAACCAGAGGAAGAACGGGAAAGGGGGUUCAUGGGGGAAGGACAAGCAGAAUACCAUGGGGGAUGUUCCCACAGAUCCAAACGGCUCCAUCGAUAGUCUGGGGAAAACCAUGCAGGGGCUCAAGGAGCGUCUGGAGAACCUGGAGCAACAGCAGAUGAGGGCCAAUAUAUCUGGCACCUCCUUCCCCAGUGAGCUCCGCGACCUGCUCCAGCGGCGGCUUGGGGAUCUGGAAAAGCAGCUGCUGAAAAAGGUCAGCAACUUGGAGGAGGAAAAGACUAUGCUGUCCAACGCCACGGCAGCCUACAGGCAGAAGACGGAAAGCACUCUGAAUGCUCUGGUGGAGAGAAUCAACGAGCUGGAGAAAGGGGGAGGAGAUUUUAAGUCCCCUGAGCAGUUCAAGCUGUCCCUCCCCCAGAGGACUAACUACUUGUACGGCCGCAUCACCAAGACCCUCCCGGAGAUGUACGCCUUCACCCUCUGCAUGUGGGUCAAGUCCAGCGCAAGCCCCGGCAUCGGAACGCCGUUCUCCUAUGGUGUUCCAGGCCAAGCCAACGAGAUCGUCCUGAUAGAGUGGGGCAACAACCCAAUAGAGCUGCUUAUCAAUGACAAGGUUGCCCAGCUGCCCCUGGAGGUGCGUGAUGGGAAGUGGCACCACAUCUGCAUCUCCUGGACCACACGGGACGGCCAGUGGGAGGCUUACCAAGACGGGGAGAGAAAGGGCGCUGGUGACAACCUCGCAGCCUGGCAUCCCAUCAAACCCGGGGGAGUCAUCAUCCUGGGACAGGAGCAGGAUGUGGUAGGCGGGCGCUUUGAUGCCGGUCAGGCCUUUGUUGGCGAGCUGAGUCAAGUGAACGUCUGGGACAGAGUCCUGAAACCGGGUGAGAUCCAAUCCAUGGCAAACUGCAGCUCCUACCUCCCCGGGAACGUGAUCCCCUGGCUGUCAAGCAAUGUGGAGGUUUUUGGGAGGGGUGCGUUCAAGCGCCCCCUGGAGAUGUGUCAGGAGCGGCUGCUCAAUUUUUAAAAAGAACUCAUCUUCUGUCUCGUUUCAUCAGCUGCUGCUGUCAGCCACCCAUCCUUUAAGCUGCUCUUACUGUGGGUGGCUUUGUGGAUUUCAUUUUACAGACAGAUGCUGAAAAUGUUUCUGCUUUGUUUUCUUUUUUUACUUUGAUUUUAAAAACAAGAAAAGCUGUCGGUGAUGGAGUAGUUUUAACAAAAUAAGGGGUUUCAGUAAUGCAGUCGCGGUAUAAAGAGAAGGGGUUCAGGAAUCAUCAACACGAUGCGAUCCUCACCCGAUUCAACAAAAACAAAGGGAAAACUUCUUUUAGAAAUCCAGGAGGGAGGGGCUCGGAGUAGAUCCGCUGUUCCUCCACAUUUAGAGGAGCCAGCUGAGGUGGCUCGGGCAUCUGGGUAGGAUGUCUCGUGGACACCUUUUCCGGUUUUCCGGGCACGUCCAAGCAGAGGAGAUCUAAUGGAAGACCCAGGACACGCUGGAGGGACUAUGUCUCUCACCUGGCCAGGGAACGCCUUGGGAUUCCCCUGGAAGAGCUGGACCAGGUGGCUGGGGAGAGGGAAGUCUGGGCUUCUCUGCUUGGGCUGCUGCCCCCACAUUUGAGACAGGUGACAAUCUUUCUAAAAGUGGGCAUCCCUGCAAGUUCACCACAACAGUCAGAUCUCAGACUGUAGCGGUGUCGACUAGCAGGUUCAAAAAUGAACGGGCUAGGAAAGGUUUGGCUUGUUUUCAAGGGUUGAACAAGAAAUACUCUUUAACAUAGCAGCACAUCCCUGGUUUGGAAUGAGCCACAAGACCACACGUUUACCCAUAAUGCACAGCGCCACUUCUGGAGGAGGGCUGAUGGAUUGGGCUCCUUACAGCCACUGAAACCACUUUAGCUCUUCUCGAGUCUAGAGACCAAACGGGGUCAUAAAACAGGACCGUGAUCCCAAACAAAGCUGCGGAUCCAUGACAGAACUACUUCAGUGGUCCCUUAAAGUCCAGACCUGAGCCUGACCUUCAGAUAGCUGAGCAGAAACCUCAGAAACAGACACAAGAUCAGGUCCGAACCGCCGUGUGAGACGCUGACAGCGUCAGACACAAAGUUCCUGAAGGAGCUUCUACAAACCUUUGAGCUGGACUUGGUUUUAGACAAACAAGAGUUUUUGUUUUGUUUUUUGUUAAAUAAUUAAUGAUAUGGUGGAAUCUGUUAGGCGUAUUUCAGACCCUGAUAAAGAUCAGACCAUCCUAAUGACACUGAUGGGUAAACUCUAAAUCCUUUUAGUACCGAUGGAGGAUAAGAAAACCCACCGACUAGCUGAUUUCUCCUGUUCAGAGCUCUCCUUCUACCACGUGAAGGUAUUUUCCUCAGCAGCCAAGGAGCUCCCACAGAGAUUAGUGUGAAGGCCUGACCUCCUCCUCUGUUCGGGCUCUAAAGACGGCCUCCUGCUCUGCUACUAUUAGACUGACUGCUGUGUGGGAGUGAGUCUCACUAAUGCCAUGUCUUAUCCUUAACUAGAGACACGCUCAUACCUCUGAUCCUGGCACUUUAAAAGGAUCAAAGUGGCAAAAAUACUAUUUGGAACUCGCUCUGUUAUGUGGCACCAGCUGAUUGGUGGAUCAUCUGGAUCCAGAAUGACAGCUGGGAAGCAAACAGACUGCUUUAUCUAUGUGUCUUUUCUGGCCUUUUUACCUUGAAAUCAAGCUGAAGAUUUGGAAUUACACAACUUUAAUGUAAAUAUUUCUGUUUGUGAUGCUGUUGUCGUUGGUUUGUCACAUCUUUGUUUCCGAUACCCAAUCAAGACGUUCAGAAUUGUGUUUUGAAUGUAAUUAUUUUACAUAAUUUUGUGUAUUUUUCCAGUAAAACUCUAGUUUUUCAGUGUUUCAAGUGUUUUCACCUCAUUAGUCCACCUUGUAUUGUGGCCUUCCUCUAAAUGCUUUAAGUGCCAAAACAUUUUUACAUCAUCAAAAUAUUUUUGCUUUGCCAAUGUGUAAAAUUUAGAAAAAUAAAGGAAAUGACUGUUGCAAAAAUGACUACAAGUGUUUUGUAUUUGUGUUUAUAAUGAACUCAAUGCUGGCCGAGUUCUGUGGUGUGGUUAAUCCCAGGACUCUAAGAUUGAGAUUAAUGGCAGUUCCACAUCAGUUUAGGAUCACCUUGUGUCCUGUGUGCGUGUUAAUCUGUUGAAACACUCGUGACAAGAGCAGC